AUGCCCAUCACUUCAUCAGCAUCAUCUCUAAUCGGUUUACCUCUAACCACCCUCAAGACAAAAGCAUUCGUUCAUCCAGACCCAAAGCUACCUAUACUUCAAUGGGUCAGACUCGCUAAUGAGGUUUACCAGGCUGCUGUAGAAGCAGAUGAGCAACAGUCCACAGAGUUGGCAUAUGUAGAGUAUUUUAAAGCUGCUGGGAUUUUACAGGUCAUACUCAAUCAUCCGGGCUUCAAGACAUUGAAAAAUCAUCCAGCAAGCUAUCGAAUCUAUCAGGAAGUGGCUCCUAAAGUACUUGCUUCCACAACAAGGGCCAGGCAACUUGCUGAAGUCAUCGAGCGUCAGCAACCCUCUAAUUUGAAGACUCGUCCAAUCUCUGGUGGGAUCUCAUCACGCAUCAAGAGUCUAGAAGCCGCUGGGUUGGCUGGUGCUGCCAGUCCUCAAUCUCCCACCAGUCCACCGCCAAAGGAAGAUCAUAAUCUUUCACCCUCAUACUCUUCGUCAAGUGGUCGAAGGCCUCUGCCAGUUCCUCCCGGACAGAACGGUAUCACCACCAGAACUAAUUUCAUCAACACAGUACUUGAAUCUCAAUCUACAAUACGUUCCGGAUCAGCCCCUCCUGAGCUUAUUGCCGAUGCUCAAUCAUCCAGUGAUCUACAUUCACCCUCAGACGGACUCUCCGAGGACAUGGCCGUAGAUCUUGACUCACUUGAAAAAACUUUGCGGUCACUACGCUCGCCCUCAGAAUUCGAUCAAGCUUUUCCUAAAUUAGAGAAUUUACAAAUUGAUGAUUCAAGGAAAAACGGACUAUCAUCCUUUCCGGAGAUGCCGAGUGUACCAAGUGGCAUGCCUAGAUCUUUUAACACCACCUUACCACCGCCACCUGAGCCAUUCUCUCUUCCCAAUUAUGAAUCACCCAAGCAAUCGAAUCUCUCUAGUGACAAGUUGGUUAAUGACACAUCUCUUGGUGCUAGCCUUACGCGCAAUACGGAUCUCGACCCUCAGUCUGGUACGAGUCCACCUCCACCUUAUCCAAAUUUUGAUACAGAUCAGAUCAAUCAACCCCAGACACCUCAAAUACUUCAACGAUCACAUGCCAUCAAGAAUGGCUUACAUCGUUCUGGACCCGGCAACUUUUCAAAUCACAACUCCCCUCAUUCCUCACCCAAAAAACAUACUAGAACGUUUGUCACUCCAAACCAAGAACCCCCACCCUCUCUUCCCUCUGGGAGCAAUGAGCUUCUCCCGGCUGUGUUGGUCGAUUAUUUCCGAAAGAUGAGUGCUGCUGGGUUAGAGACUAGCGUACUGUUCUUAGAUAUUCGGAAUCGUGAGGACUUUGAAGCUUGUCGGAUCAAAUCACAGGAUGUUGUAUGUAUCGAACCGAUUGUCUUGACGAAGAAUAGCGGGAUCGGUGUUAGCUCCGCAGACAUUGAAGAAUCCUUGGUGAUCUCACCUCCAAGGGAGCAAAUGCUUUUCGAACGACGUCAAGAGUUUGAGUAUGUGAUCCUAUACGACAAACGAUCGGUUCAACUUCCUUCAGAUCCGAAUUUGAUGUAUUCCAAAAACCCAACGGAUGUUGCUGCCAAACUUCUCUUGAUCCUAUAUCUGGCUAUCCAUAAGCAAGCAUAUAUGAAGCGUCUCAAGAACCCGCCCAUGUUACUCAGUGGGGGACUCGAGGGUUGGGCAAAGAUAGCUGGUCAGAGUGGAGUGGUUGGCAAGGGUUCUUCACCGGCUAAUGUGCCUCGGACGAGUUUGACACAUUCAUCUAUCAACGGCACACCGAUUGUCUUCAGGCAGACUCAUUCUCCCGAUGAAAGUGGUAACAUAGAUGGCACUUCUGAUGUUAAACGAGCGCGACGGCGGAUUGCCCUUCUGCAAGGCGAUAGUCCAACAAACCAACCCGACAUCGUACGCUCCGUGGCUGACCUCACCCGACCAGGUCUAGGUAGCUCAACUUCAACUACAUCCCUUCACUCUAUCAAUGGAAGUGGUCCUUCGAAUUAUUUCCAUCCAAGGCAUCCAAAUGGUCCAUAUCUAUCAAAUGGCUACCAGAGUCCUAUCGGUGUCAAUUCACCAAUCACACUACCUGAACAAACUUUACAGCGCAAGACAUCACAACCCACCUACGACACUCCCCUUUCCUCUAUCCCUCCUGACUCUGCUUCCACGCCUUAUUCAACGAACACCCCAAUGCACAUACCUUCUGCUGGUUAUCACAUUCCGUCCGUACCUCCACAGCCAGCUCUUUAUGGCUCACAUACGCCUGCAUAUCAUGGCUAUCGCCCCACAGAACCUAAUUACAAUGGUUAUAUUCCUGAUACACUUCGACCUACAAUACAAUACCCACAUUUCAAUCAUCCACGUUCUGGAACUGAUCCUAAUUUGAUUAUGGGACGUCCACCUCAACCUCCACCACCUGCACUUGCACCUGGUGGAGGCGUCCCAAAUUAUUAUAACUUACCGGCUUAUUCAUCUAAUUUAGGACUCGAUAAAGGAUUAAAAGUUCGAGAAACACCACCGGUGACACCUUAUUCUCCUAAUACACAUGGAUCAACUGAAGUUUAUUUUAAUUCAAGUUUUGAAGAUGGUCAAGUUGGAAUGACAGGUCUUAAGAAUCUUGGAAAUACAUGUUAUAUGAAUUCAACUUUACAGUGUAUCAGUGCUACGAUUCCAUUGGCCAGGUUUUUUAAAGAUGGAUCUUAUAAAAGGUGUAUUAAUCGAGUCAACCCAUUAGGUACGAAAGGUGCUCUGGCUGAAACUGUUGCAGAAUUGGUAAGAAUGAUGUGGAGCGCUCAGUAUACGUUUGUCUCACCUACCAUAUUCAGGGAAGCGAUUUGUAGAUUUGCACCUCAAUUUAGAGGUUCAGAUCAACAUGAUGCACAAGAGUUUUUAGGAUUUCUUUUAGAUGGAUUACAUGAAGAUUUAAAUUUAGUCACACAUAAACCCGCCCCGAUCGAAAUGAGUUCAGCAAGAGAAGCUGAAUUAGAAGCUUUACCUACUCAACUUGCAUCAGCUAGAGAAUGGGAAAUCUAUAAAAGAAGAGAUAAUAGUGUGAUUGUGGAAUUGUUUCAGGGUCAAUAUAGGAGUCGAUUACAGUGUUUAACUUGUGGAACGACAUCAACGACUUAUAAUACUUUCAUGUAUCUUUCUUUACCUAUUCCCACGGGAAGAGGAAUGAGUAAAGUGAGUUUAACUCAAUGUUUGGAUGCGUUUCUAAAAGAAGAGAUUAUGGAAAAAGAUGAUGCAUGGAAUUGUCCUAAAUGUAAAACCAGAAGAAAAGCCACCAAAAGAUUAUCGAUUGCAAGAUUACCACCGAUUUUAUUAAUUCAUUUAAAACGAUUCUCAUUUAAAGGACCGUUUUCAGAUAAACUUGAAGCCUUUGUACAAUAUCCAUUAUAUGGAUUAGAUUUAACUAAUUAUAUUCCAGCUCCAUUAGAAUCUUUAAACAAUCAUCAUCCAAGUAAAAAAUCUUCUUCUAAGAAUGGUGGUGGGGGUGGGGGUGGGGGUCCUAGUACAGUUUAUGAUCUGUAUGCUGUUUGUAAUCAUUUUGGUAGUUUAAGUAGUGGUCAUUGGAUUUUUUUGUAG